AUGGCCGCGCUGAUACACUUUCUGGUUCAGACCAUGCCUUUGCCUUUGGUUCUCGACCACAAGAGCAUAGUUACCGCUAUUGAUGCGGACGACUUUGCUUGUGCUUUUUUGAAGGACGCUCGCAAGCCUGGAUCAGACACUCUGCCCGACUCGUUCGUUACCGCGCGCCUUGUCAACGGUGAUCGUGACCUCCAAAUCCUCUAUGCUCCUGAUCACAAGCUCUACCAAUCUAAUGGCGACAAUACUAUGCGGACCACCAUCUGGGGGGAAAUCAAGUCGUUUGGUUCUAGUUUUUCCGCGGCUGGUGCGCGUGCUCCUGAGCACCUUGUUACCGACCGGCGUGUCCACACCGUUCGCAAUUCUAUUGGCCUUGCCCUCAUCAAAUCCGACAAUCCUGACCUCAUGGCUCAGAUGAAGGACCAACUGUUUGGUCUAUCUCUUCUGCAGAACGUCCUUGAUGCCAAUGUCGACCUUCUCAAACCCAAGGUCGAUCCCCCUCCAAAGAUGGCCAUUGUACGGACUUGUCUUUGGAACGAGAAGGGCAUUGGUGGCAAACCGGACUAUUGUAUUAUUCAGCUCCCCCCCCUCUAUGCUAUCGACCCCUCGGUCCCUUUGCUUCCAACAAGUUCAGGACCUUCCCCUCGGAAAAGAGGAGGAGGCGCAUCUAUUCAAUCGUCCACUCCAACUCCGGUGCUUCCUCCAUUUCCCACUACAGCUGCCACCCCGGGAACAUUGUACCCACCCUCACUAAUCCCUGGGUACGAUGCGACCAUCUUCUCAGAACAAUGUCGCCGUGCAGUUCGUGCUAUUCAACCGAGUGUAUUCGAUACUGAGGGGAAUCCAAUCUUGCCUUGCCACUUGGAGGAUGUCCUCAUCCCCGGUACCAUUGUACAGCUGUCCGUCUCUUUCCAUGGCUGGUACUCCGACAAGCAGAAGGGUGCC